UGGAGGGCGAGUUCUUCCUUUCUUCAGUCUCCCUCAGCGGCGCACCGAGGUGCUCUGUCCUUCAGCCGAAGCUAAGGCCGAUUCCCAACCGGCGACUAGCACCGCGCACCGCCUCCCCGACUAUCCGUCAUGGCCUCCGUCUCCGAGCUCGCCUGUAUCUACUCCGCCCUCAUUCUGCACGACGACGAGGUCACCGUCACGGAGGACAAAAUCAAUGCCCUUAUCAAAGCAGCCGGAGUGAAUGUUGAACCUUUCUGGCCUGGUCUAUUUGCAAAGGCUUUGGCCAACAUUGACAUUGGAAGUCUCAUCUGCAACGUAGGAGUUGGUGGUGGUGCUCCAGCUGCUUCAGCUCCUGCUGGUGGAGGGGCACCUGCGGGUGGUGCUGCCCCUGCUGAGGAGAAGAAAGAGGAAGAAAAGAAAGAAGAGUCUGAAGAAUCUGAUGACGACAUGGGCUUUGGUCUCUUUGACUAAGCUAACUUUUUGUACUCUUUGCUAAUAAAGAUACAAACUUGUAAAUUGAA